CCGAGGAGAGGGGGUUUUUUCCCGCCUUGCCUCUCGCUUUGGGGGUCUCCGUGAAACAGAACUCGCCACCUCCGAGUUAGUGUCUGGGGAAGAAGGGAGAGAUCUGAGACUGGUUUCUCAAGAAAGACCAAGGAAGAACUGCCAGAGGAAGGGCGGGUGUGUCCCAGCCUUUUGGAACCUCAGAAAAGGAACACGAAAUAGUAGCACACCACCACCACUUUCCAAGUAAAAGUUACAUCCUGUCCCAGAUGGUGGGUCUGCAGCAACGGUUUAAACCUGAGUUCCCCUGGCCCUCAAGCCGAGACUUUGUAUCCAGAACCUCCGUUCCUUCACCUCUUUCUCUUUGGUGCAACCAAACUUUCGGAAUCACAGCGGUUGAGAAAAUUCCCUUCUUGAUGUGUCAAUAACUAAUCAACUUCAUUGGCAGCUUUGAAAAAAAAAUUUUGUAACACACGUGGCUCACGUAUUUGAAGUUUAGCCUUAUGGGGAGCUUUAAUGUGGUGACUUUGACCUGCAACUUGAAAGACAGACGUUCCACACUUGAUGCUCCGUUAGUUGUGGAAGAAAAUAAAAAGCAUAUCACCUCAUAAAACAAAGGUUCCAUUGCCCUAGGAAAGAGCUCACGUUUAAGGCGGGUCUGAGGCGUGCCAGAACAGUCUCCUCCCUCCACCUUCUUCCUCCUUUCUCCAAAGGGCUAGGCACCCUCCUCCCCCAGACGGCUGCUGGAUCCGGAGAAGCAGCGGGGAGUUCUGCUACCCAAAGCUUUCUACAUUCCUGGCUGUCUGCUUCGGCUGCUGAAGGGCUGCCUUCUAUCGGGAAAAGAAAGGGACUUCAAACCUUUCAUAUAACGUCCUCUCCUAGGAAAUUAUUGAGCACAGGAAGAUUGUAUUCAUGUAUUACUUGUGCAAAAAGCAUAGUAUAGUCCAGACUCCAGAUCAAAAGCUGCUGUUGCUCAGAGAGAAAGAGAGCCAUCAGAUGCCAGAGCCCUUCAGCCUCCUCCCACCUAGCCCCCACUCCCAGGAAUAAAGAUGGCUGCUGACCCAGUAGAAGACAAUUGCAUCAGCUUUGUGGAAAUGAAAUUUAUUAACAAUACACUUUACUUUGUAGCUGAAAGUGAUGAAGACCUGGAAUCAGAUUACUUUGGCAAGCUUGAACCUAAGUUCUCAGUCAUACGAAAUUUGAAUGACCAAGUUCUCUUCAUUAACCAGGAAAGUCAACCCGUCUUUGAGGAUAUGCCUGAUUCUGACUGUUCAGAUAAUGCACCCCAGACCAUAUUUAUCAUAUGUAUGUAUAAAGACAGCCUCACUAGAGGUCUGGCAGUAACCAUCUCUGUGCACUGUAAGAAAAUUUUUACCCUCUCCUGUAAGAACGAAAUUCUUUCCUUUAAGGAAAUGAGUCCUCCUGAUAACAUUGAUGAUGAAGGAAGUGACAUCAUAUUCUUUCAGAGAAGUGUUCCAGGACAUGAUGAUAAGAUACAGUUUGAGUCUUCAUUGUACAAAGGAUACUUUCUAGCCUGUAAAAAAGAGAAUGACCUUUUCAAACUCAUUUUGAAAAAAAAGGAUGAAAAUGGAGAUAAAUCUGUAAUGUUCACUGUUCAAAACAAGAACUAGAUAUUAAAAUUGCAUAAUUUGAACUUUCUGAGUUUUUGUGUUUCAAAAGGGUUAUGAGUUCGAACCUACAAUUAUAAUGAUGAAAUAAAAUGAAUACUGAUCUCAAAAAAUACUACUGAGAAAUGAAUAAUAAGCUUUCAUGAAAUUGAAUGGACUUCCUCCUAUCCAGGUGAAUACAAUAUUUGUAUAAUGUAAAAAGAAUGCAUAGUUUGAAAACACAUUCUACAGUGUUAAUGGAAAGUAGAUUAUAUUCAAUAGAAGUGUUUUGAAUAUUUUGGGUUAUUGGUCCUAAUGAUGAAUAAAACUGAUAUUUGAAUUUUCUAGUUUUUAAGAAAAUAAUUAAAUCCUUAAAGAUUUCAAGCUAUAAACAGUGAUUCACCAUGUAGUCUUAAUCUAUUACCUCAUGCUUUGCCUUUUUGUUUGAAAAACUAUUCCAACCUCUCUCCAAAUAUACUUCACAGAGAUGUUGUGAGAAAUCAUAUGACUUUCUGGAAAUUGCUUUCAAUUACUAUAAAGUUGCAGAGAAAGAUUAUGUGUAAAGCAAAAUUACAUAAGCAUUUGUGUGAGGGAAUAAACAAGGAAGAGUAUUUCAGUUCAAGAAUUAAUGCUUUGACUCAAGUUAUGAAUAAAAGGUAUCAUAGUUACUGGAAAUUUUUUUUUAAAACCUUAAAGAUUUUAUAAAGAGACCACUUCACUUGACUAAUUUUUUUUU